UCAUGCUUUGCAUGGACAGACUAUAUGCCUCCAAGAAUAAUAUUCUGCUGAAAGACUAUUCGACGGAAAACAGAGCCAAAAGGACGUUAUCCGGGGGAAGUUACUGUAGGCUACGAGGCUGCUGUCCAGGCAGAGAUGAUGGCUGCACCUUUCUGUACUAUGCCAGGAAUGCCACAUGCUACUGUGAUGCUUUCUGUUCCUCAGGCCCUCCUGGCUCUGUAGACUGCUGCCCUGAUUUCUGGACUGUUUGCCGGGGCCACCCUAUUACAGCUUCAUCAGUGCUAGCGGGUGAGUGUUGAAUAUAUCUCCAGCUGCAUUUGGCGUAAAACCUAUGUGUCCCCCUGAAUGUAUACUGGCCAAAUGCUACAACGUUAUUUAUUUUUUUAGAAACUGUUAUUGGCAAGUUAGGAGGUGUGUCCUCUACUUGGAGAUGACAGAGAUGGAAUCUGGGACCUUCUGCAUCAAAAGCAGACGCUCUAUGACUGAGCUAAGAACCUUCCCCACAGAUAGAAUCUGUGAACUUGCAAAAUUAAGCAAUACAUUUGGUAGCAUUGCUCAUUUUAAACACAUUUUAAUAGAAAUCAAAAUGUAUUGCAACUGACAUUUCUCAAAUUUCAUCGGAAGUUAUUAACAAAACACGCUCUUGGAUUUCACACACUGCGCUGUGACAGAUACCGUGAAGUAAUUUAGCACGCAAAAUUAUUUUAUGCUUUUACCACCUGUAAUCGUAGAGGCUAACAUAAGCUCUACUCAGAUUAGACCAGUUGAAAUCAAUGGACUUCAGUUAGUCAUAGAUUUGAAGAUGAAUUCAAAUAAUGCUUGGAAAGUCGAUACCUGUUUCAGAAAAAAAUAUUUAAAGGCAUCCUCUGAGAUCUAAUAAGGAAAACCUCCCUGGCAAAUCUGGAUUCCCCCUCUCAUCUCUGAAGAUGAGUCAGGGCUCUAGAUUUAUAGACAGGAAUGUACAGCAAAGCAGCAACAAACAAGUGGCUUUGCUCCUAUUUAGAUGGAAUCUGAUCCUCCUUUUUUUUUCAUUUGUCUUUUCGGUUCUGGACCUGGUGUUUUUGCUUCUAGAUUCUAAAACCCUUGUGUAAUUCAUGGGAACAACAAUGUAGGAAGCUGUCAGUCAGGCCAUUGGUCCAUCAAGUUAAGUACUGCACACACUGCAUACUGCAUACACUGACGUGGGUGGUGCUGUGGGCUAAACCACUGAGCCUCUUGGGCUUGCUGAUCAGAAGGUCGGGGGUUCGAAUCCUCACAACCGGUGAGCUCACAUUGCCCUGUCCCAGCUCCUGCCAACCUAGCAGUUCGAAAGCACACCAGUGCAAGUAGGUAAAUAGGUACUGCUGUGGCGGGAAGGUAAACAGCGUUUCCAUGCACUCUGGCUUCCGUCAUGGUGUUCCAUUGCCCCAGAAGGGGUUUAGUCAUGGGUCACAUGACCCAGAAAGCUGUCUGUGGACAAACACCGGCUCCCUCGGCCUGAAAGCAAGAUGAGCGCCGCAACCCCAUAGUCACCUUUGACUGGACUUAACCAUCCAGGGGUCCGUUACCUUUACCUUUUUUUUUACAAUGACUUGCAGAAUCGCUCCAAGGAUUUCAGAUAUCUGGAGAUGCUUGGAAUUGAACCUGUGACCUUCUGCAUGCAAAGCCAAUGUUCUACCACUGAGCUAAGGCCCAAAAUCACUGGUAGACUUUAAGAGAGCUAUACCAAUUUUACACCAGCUGCUUCUCCUCUCCUACUCCAAACCAAACCAGACUCAAAUAAUAUUAAGGACUAUAGUAGCAAGAGUAUCACCAGAACAUGGAUUACACAUGGGACCAAAGGUCUACAAAUUUCUGAUAUUGCAUGUGUUCUUCAUGGAAUCCAUUGCCAACUAGGUUGGGAGAGGGGGAACUGAUGUCCCUCUUGGUAUUGCUGGACUACAACUCCCAUUAUCCCUGACAAUUGACCACGCUGGCUGAGGCUGAUGGACGUUGGAGUCCAACAACAUCACUAGCCCUGAAUUAAGCAAGGCUAUCCACGGAAAUAAUGCAAGCACUAACCUGGCUCUAGUUCCAGCAGAAAAGCAUGAAAAGGAAAUGCUGAAAGGGACAGGGCUCCGUUCUUGCCCUCCAAUUUCCACACAGCUCUGAAAGAAAAGAGAAUCUCUGCUGAGUACCAAUAGCAAGUUGGCUCCUUUCAGUUAAAUUGCUGGCAAACAAUUCUUCCAGCUGGUAGCCUGGCGUGGAGCUGUAUUUGCCAAGGAAACCCCAUGGAGGAGAAUAUCUAUUCUCUGCUAAUGAUGACAGAGGCUCCCUCGUUUGAGGCAGCGCAGAUCAGAAGGACUUUCUGUGAAGCGGCUGUGAAGAGUGGAAUUCAGUGAGGCUUGUUCCUCCAGGAAGCUGGAGGAAGAGAAAGACACUUGGCAUCUUCCCACCUCAGGCACCAUUCUCUUUGCUGCAGUGAGCUGUGCACAUCAGCCCAUUAAAGCCUGUUACAGAUACAAACAUCUAUAUCUAUCUAUCUAUCUAUCUAUCUACCUAUCUAUCUAUCUAUCUAUCUAUCCAUCUAUCAUCUAUCUAUCUAUCUAUCAUCUAUCUAUCUAUCUAUCUAUCUAUCUAUCUAUCAUCUAUUUCUGCCUCUAUGAACUGAAAAAUAAUACUAAAUCUAUCUCCUACUUAGAAAAGAGAGGGGUGAUUGUCUCCUGAUCACAAAAAAGGUCUGUGUAAUUUUUUCGCCUGGUGGAUUGGAGGCACCUUAUUAACUAUUAGUGGCCUCGAUUCAUAAAUAUUAUCUAAAGCUGCAAGUCUCUGCAGUUCUAUUGAUUCAGUAUCUAUCAGUUGUAUAUGGUACUUUAGAGAAUACAAGAGGACAGGUCCCUGCCCUGAUGAGCUUACAAUCUAAAAUGAAAACUUGGGGGAACAACGGAAGAGUGGUAGAAACAUGUUUUGGGGUAAACAAGGGAGUUGGGGUAAACAUGGUUACAUGUGAGAAGGGCUGUAGCUCAGUGGCUUAGCUGAUGCACCAAGCUGAACUAUAAAAAGACCAGGGAGGAGCAAAAUGGCCAUGAUCCUCUCCUCAGGAACCUGUGUAUUUGUGUGUUAAUGCCAAGCCAAGCCCUGGUUUGGCUUAGCGUUACUUCCAAAAGUGGCCACGGAGUUAGAGAAGAUGACUCUGAAAUAUCAGAGAUAUGCCACUGGGAAUAAGCCCUAUCAAGCAGACUUGCUCCUAAGUAAACAUGCACAGGAUUGGCCUACACAUUAAAUAGAGGAUGUUAGUUGUGACUAGUGUAAGUCUGUUGCUCUCAACAGGACUGUAUCACACAAUUAUCUUUAGUAGGGUUUUGCCUAAUAUUCAUGACUUCUUUUUCUUUCUUUUUUGGAGACAUUCCAGACCCAUUAGUUUUUCAACUAUACUGUGUUCAGAAUUAGCUGACAGGAAAAUGCAUGUUUCAUUCCAUGUUUAUAUGAAUCUAAUGAUGCUUAUGUACUCUGCUUAAAGUGAGUACACAGCAUAAAUUUUUCAGACAGGGGAAACAAAGGAAUGAUCAUUAAACCUUUUUAGGAAUGUGAAUAAUUAUGCUGGAAGCAGAGGGAUAUGUAAACAGCAUUACAAGAAUAUAUAAUGAAAUCUUUUCUCAGUUUGUACGGGCAUGAUUCGCUUAUUCAUCGAGUUCACUGAUGCAGAAAAUUAAAAUGUCUACUUGGCAGAAACUGGGCGGUGGGACAGAAUGCUAUCCUCUGUCUUUAGGCAAAUUAUGUACAAUCAAUUACCUCGCUGGCAUUUGGCUAAUUAUGGCCUCCUUUUUUCUAUGUACUGCAUUGGCAGGAUGCUUCAAAGGUGGUCGGUACUAUGAAGAAGGAGCAACGAUUCAAGACAACUGCAAUUCCUGGUAAUUGAGAGAAACAAAUGAAACGUCUUCACUCUUGAGAUCAGCCUUAAGAAACCAGCUCAGAUCUUGUCUAUCUCACAAACUCACUAGCUGGUUUUAGGCAACCCAUUCAUCUCCCACCUGCAAUAUAGACAGAAUAUGUGGCAAGGAUUCCAACAAGAUAAUGGAUGUGAAACAUUUCAUGCAUUUUAAGUCGCUGUAUAGAGUCCUGCCAACCUAGCAGUUCGAAAGCACGUCAAAGUGCAAGUAGAUAACUAGGUAGCGCAAGAUAAAUGGUGGGAAGAUAAAAGGUGUUUCUGUGCGCUGCUCUGGUUUGCCAGAAGCGGCUUAGUCAUGCUGGCCACAUGACCCAGAAGCUGUACGCCGGGUCCCUCGGCCAAUAAAGCAAGAUGAGCGCCGCAACCCCAGAGUCGGCCAUGACUGGAUCUGAUGAUCAGGGGUCCCUUUACCUUUACCUAUAGAUACUGAGACUAUUUGAAAUAGGAGUUGGUUAUUAUUGCACCCAUAUUGUUUGGCUGAUAGGUGAUUCACCAAAUUUAUUAAUUAGAGACUGUGAAGUAGGAGAUCACAGGCUCCAGUUGCCCUUUCAAAUUCAGCUAAGGAAUUUAGAUGGUGUGGAGGUUUCUUUUGAAAGGGAAAAGAAUACUGGAAUCUCUGUCAGAAAAGCUGCUGGUGCGUUAAAAUCCAUAAUUAAAAGCUUGCUUAGUUCUUAGUCAUUGACCUUAUACAGAUCAAUGUGAUUGAAGAGGAGUAAAAAAGAAAGAGAACUGAAAUAUUCUCUCCUCCCUGCCCCUUAAAUGUAAUUCUUGAUUACAUCUUAAGUUAGGGCAACUAACAGGGUGAGCCUAUCCAUGUCUAUGUGGAAGUAAGUCCUAUUGAGUUCAGUGGGGGCUUAUUACCAGGCGAGUGGGUUUAGGAUUGCAGACUGAGGCAGCAGAAGCAUAUUUAAACUAAAAUCCCACAGCAUUUGCCAAGCAAUACAGGACGGACAGAGGGAGGGAUUGAGAGAAAGAGAGAGAGCCAUCUACACCUUAUUUUGAAUGCAUUAACAAGCCCAUUAACCUCUCUUUCAAAUGGAUAUUAAUUGGGCAAUUUUCAUUGCAUGACUGCAUGCAUUACAGAGAGAGCAAAGCACUAACAUGACUAAUUUCUUUAUUAGAUAAAAUGGUCUGUUGUAUCUGAGGACCCAGCUGCUGGUCUUGGCCAGAUUCCAAUCCCAAAUCCAUCCUAACAAUUCUGCAGCAGCAUUUGGACUGUGAAUGGUCUGGAAAGCAGAAUGUACAACCCUAGAAUGAAUUCCAUUUCUAUCUGGGGAACAGGUCUGCAGGCGUGUGACAGUUUAUGAUUCUUCACUUUAAGGACAUUGUCACAAACGCGAAAAAGGUAAAGGACCCCUGGACAGUUAGGUCCAGUCAAAUUUGACUAUGGGGUGUGGUGCUCAUCUCCACUUUCAGGACACCAUGACAGAAGCCAGAGCUCACAGAAACACUGUAUAUCUUCCUGCCACAGUGGUACCUAUUUAUCUACUCCUGCUGGUAUGCUUUCAAACUGUUAGAUUGGCAGGAGCUGAGACAAAGCAACAGGAGCUCACCCCUUCAUGCGGAUUUGAACUGCUUCAGCAAGCUCAAGAGGCUUGGUGGGUUCAGACCACGUUAAGAAGCUCGGAUGAACGUGGUGUGGAAGAUUUUUCUGAGAUAGGGCAGGGAUCUGUUCCAAAGAACAGCUAUAUUCUGGGGGACAACUGUAAAUCAUAAACUAGAUUUAGAAGAACCCAUUCUUUUGUUACUGAACAAAAGGGUUACUGAAUACCCACUAAUCUUGAUUAUUGAUAAAAAAAAAACCUGUCACCAAGCAGAUAAAACAAAGAAGGAAUAUAUGACAGAAGCCCAAAUUUUCUUCACCAGAUACACACAGAGAGAGGGAGAGAUGAAAAGAGGAUUAUAAGAUCAUUGUUUCAGGACAACGUACUAUGUGUUUGUAAUUAUUCUCCACAAACUCUUCCUAUGUAAGUCUAACUCUCUCCUUUUAUUCCUUUCAGCAAAUGCACGAGCAGCAAGUGGAACUGCCUAGAAGAAAUGUGCCUCGUGCAGCCCAACUUAAUUAAGCAAAUCAACGAUGGUAACUAUGGGUGAGAAAAGUCCUGUUCCGCAGCACUAAGAUGGAAAGAGCUCCCAUUUUAUUAACAGAUGAAAAGAUCACUUGAGCCUUACGCAAUUGCCUUGAUAUCUUUUUUUCCCCAAGCACCAUGCCCACAGAUGUGUGUGUAUGCAUUUGUUAUUACACCUCCUCUGUGAGCACAGCGCAAGAUAUGUGAUUUUCUUCUUUUGAAAUAACUCUAUGCAGCUAUUCCUCUACACAGCAUAGAGAAGCAACCUCUCUCCGAAGCUUCAAACAUUAUUCCCCCGACGAUUUCGAUAUCGAGAGUAACAGCUUCACACACACAAAUUGAAUGCUGAGUGCCCCCAUGAAGUUAGUUUCCAUUUUCAAGAAGGAGCGCGUUGAUUUUUAUAACUUUAUGAUUUGAUGACUCUUUAUAUUGAACAUAUAGGCCACUUAAUCCACUAAGGAUUUCUGCUCUGUGCAGCGCAUCCUUGAUACAGCAAAGUGCACUAAGAUACAGCAAAAUGUCACCAAGAUUUUUUCAUCUUAACUGAUCCCAUGGGAGACAAAAUGCAGAAACAGUAUUACUUUCUGCUGCAAUUCCCAUAUCUUGCUGCCUGGGCCUGGCAGGUCUAUGCAUCACAAGCAGCAGAAAUGUCACAAUUAAAAGGUGACUAAAUUGAAACCCUGGUUUCACUUUGUAAUAACUCCCCCUGUUCCAAAAAUGUAUGUUUGUAUCCAUGAUCACACACACACUACAGGAGGAUAGCCAUGCAUAAAGUAGACCCUGUCCCAUAAUAACAUUUCUUAAUGUAAAAUGACUGUGUUUGUUAGUGGGGCAUUUUAAGUAAUGUUCUUGAGCAGUCGCCGGAUGAAACCCUCAAUAAAUUGGAUCCUAUUUCUUAAGAUAGAAGGACUCCUGGAUGGUUAAGUCCAGUCAAAGGCGACUAUGGGGUGUGGCGCUCAUCUCACUUCAGGUUGAGGGAGAUAGCGUUUGUCCACAUAAAGCUUUCCAGGUCAUGUGGUACAAACCACUUCUAAACCACUUCUGGUACAAUGGGACACCGUGAUGAAUACCAGAGCACACAAAAACGCUGUUUACCUUCCCGCUGCAGUGGUACCUAUUUAUCUACUUGCACUGGUGUGCUUUCGAACUGCUAGGUUGGUAGGAGCUGGGACAGAGCAAUAGGAGCUCACCACCGUUACACUGACUCGAACUGCUGACCUUCCAAUGGGCAACCCCAAGAGGGUUGGUGCUUUAGACCACAGUGCCACCCUCUCCCAGUAGAUAAGACAAAAAAGGGAUGUGUGUGUCUCACACUAUGUAUGUGUGUAUGUGUAAGUACUGUUGCAGCAAAAGACGACCCCUUGCAUUUCAACUGUAGGUGAGAUUACCAUGAUCACCGUUCCACCACCAUUUUUGUGUCAGCAAAGGUUCAUGUGAUAAACAUGAUCUUGGAAGUCUAAAUCAUCAUGGUUCCUGGAAAUGGGUUUGCUGUGGGUGAUACCUAGUGUUAGCUGUAGAGUAGACCAUUGAAACCCAUUGAUUUCAAUAGGUCUUCUGUGAAUAUGACUAGCCUUGGAUAUCACCACAUAUGGAUCAGGCAUUUCAACACUACAGGGAAAAGAAUACCGAUGGUGGAUGCAAGGGGGACAUUUUAAACAAACAAACAAGCAAACAAACAAACAAAUGUGAAAGAAACCAAGAUAAAAUCUGAGUGAUAAAUCUUGAGACCGGAUGCACAGAAAUAAAUAUUGUGGUUGUGCAUAUCUAUAGCAAAGCUCUAUCUUCUGUGAUUAACUCACUGCAAUUUUGCACAUAGUAUUAGCUGAUAAGCAAUAUGACUAAGCUAUAGCAUGAUAGUGCACUGAAUGAUGUGAAUUUGUGUGAAUGAUGAAACUCAGGAAUACCAUAUUUAUGUUGAAAGGAGGGAAAUUGCCCAGAAUUAUCAAAGUAUUAUCUUAAAAGGAAUGGGCAAUGUAUUCCUUUUUAUUGUACGAAUGCAGACCUUGAAUGGCAAGUUUAAAUGCUACCAUUUCCAACAUCAGUGGAAGAUCGUUUCCUAUGGAGGAAAAUCUUAUGAAGGCUUCAUUCAAAACUUUUUUUAAAUGGCAACAUCUAUGAUGAACUGCCCAUAGAGCUAAACAUGCAUGACUAACACACUAUUUUUUAUUUUUUUAUCACUGAGACAGCUGGAAAGCUAAGAACUACAGCCAGUUCUGGGGAAUGAGUUUGAAAGAAGGUUUCUAUUAUCGUCUUGGCACGUUUCCCCCAUCUGCUGCCCUGCUGGACACAAGACAAGUCACGGUAGGCUUUCAUUUUCUCUCCUCUCUUCAAACAGCAAACUUCAAUGGAGCCUUUCCCCACAGUUAUCCUCAAGCUAUGCUUCAAAUGGAUUUGUCCAUCAUCCUGGGCAUGACACUGAGAGAAUGUGUCAAGCACAGGCAAUUGGCUAACCAGGUGAAAAUCGUGAUUCUCUUAUAUGUGAAAAUGAAAUCUUCCUCUGAUGGAAAGCUGCUCACUCAGAUUAGCACAAAGAAUCACAGAAUCAUAAAACUAUAGAAUUGGAAAGAACCCCAAGGAUCAUCUGGUCCAACCUCCUGCAAUGCAGGAAUCUCAACUAAAGCAUCCAUGACAGAUGACCACCCAACCUCUGCUUAAAAACCUCCAAGGAAGGAGAGUCCACCACCUUCUGAGGGAAGGUCUGUUCUAUUGUCGAACAACUCUUGCCAUCAGAAAGUUUUUCCUGAUGUUUAGUCAGAAUCUCCUUUCUUGUAACCUGAAUCCAUUUGUUCAGAUCAUACCCUGCAGUACAGAAGAAAACAAGCUUGCUCCAUCUUCCAUGUGACAGCCCUUUAGAUAUCUGAAGUUGGCUACCAAAUCUCCUCUUUUCUAAGCUAAGCAUACCAAACUCCCCCAACCAUUCCUCAUACGGCUUGGUUUCCAGACCCUUGAUCAUUUCAGUUGCCCUCCUCUGCACAGCUUGUCAAUGUCCUUAAAUUGUGGUACCCAGAACUGGACACAAUAUUCCAGGUGUGGUAUGUCCAAGGCAGAAAAGGGUGGUCCUAUGACUUCCCUUGAUCUGACACUGGACUUCUGUUGAUGCAGCCUAGAAUAGCAUUAGCCUGAAAUAACAUGUAACAAUUAGAAAACAUAUAACACUUGGAAAAAGUGGUCCUUAGAAAUCCACCCAUAUGGGGUCAAAUGGGGAAAGGCUGUGGCUCAGUGGCAAAGCAUCUCCUUUGGAUGCAGAAGGUCCCCAGGUACAAUCCCCAGCAUCUCUAGGUUGGUCUGGGAGAUCCUGCCAUCUGAAACCCUAGGGAGUCACUAUUGGUCAUAAUAUGUAUGUUUGAAUAUAGUUAUCCAGUCAAAUGCCUUGGGUUUCUUGCAGGAAAACCUGAUCACAGAAACAGAUUUCCCCGAAUUUUUUGUGGCCUCGUAUGAAUGGCCUGGGUGGAUUCAUGACCCACUGGAUCAGAGAAACUGUGCAGCAUCCUGGGCCUUUUCAACUGCAAGUAAUGUGUCCCUCCCCUCUUUUUCUUGCACCCUAAACAUAGGAGAGAGGCUGUCCAUGCUUGCAAUAGAAUAUUUCAGUUAGUAGUUCACUGCUUGCUAGAGAAGGUUUGUGCAUCUCUUUACUUUUCCAAAAGUUUCAAAAGGGUUUACUAUUUUAUCUGUUUAGGGUAGUCUUUUUCCCUUUGGGAUUAUCCUUCUCUUAUUUAUUGCCUCCCCUCUAAUGCCCCUUAAAUGGGAAGGUGGAUCGUAAGCUAGAAUAAAAGACAGACCCAGACUGGACUUUGGGGUGCAGAGUAACAUGCAAAUGCAAUCUUCCCUAACCACAUCAAUAGAGUAAACAGCAUGUCUAUCAUAUGCAGCCAGGCAUCCUCCUUAGAUGGGAACUCUCUGUGUACACAGGUGCCCAUGCAAGAGAUCAGUAUAAGACAGGGGUCAGUCAACCCUUUAGAAAGUAGGAUACUUCUUUCAAGCCUAAUUUCAGUGUGGAGGGAGGAACCCUGUGGGUGCCAGGGAAAGGCUCUGUGGAUACAUGUGACCCUUGUUGGAAGAGAAUGGACUACUCUUCUGAUCUACAGGAAGUUGUGGAUUUUUUGCAAACCAAUGAACUAAUGCCUGGUUGAUUUGGAUAACAUAGCAAUAUAGAAAUCGGUGGGGGUGGGAAGAUAGAAUUUGAUGCUCAGAGGUCUCUUUCCCUCAUCAGCACCAGAAAGUGGAAGAGCAGCUUGGCCCUAGCCAUUGGCUGGGGACCAACCACGCACUGGAGUUGUCUGCUUUUCCUUCCCAUCUAUUUCUCUAGGAAAAAACCUAUCUGUAGCUAUGAUUAGUUGCCCUCUGGCAGCAGGAAGGAGUGGCAGGAUGCUCUGGGUGGAAUCCAUCAUUCCGCUUGCUUCAUGGCUUUUGAACCAGCAGAUGGCUCUGGCAAUAUGGGAGGAAGAGAGAGGAGUGUUGACCAUUUCAUCUUCCCUCUAGUGCCUCCUGUACCUCUCUCUCUCACACACACACACAAAAAUUGUCUCAGACCCUCCACAACACCAUGGAAGUUGGCUUGGGGGGCCUCCAGGACGAAGGGCGGAAUUGGGGGCAAUCCCAUCUCCUCUUCCAUUAGUGGAGGAAUCUGCUGGAUCAAAGGUUGUUAUGGGAGUGGAAUAGCAGCACUGGAGUCUGCUCUUUGGCUCCAGUCACCAUCCAAAACAACCUGGGUACUAACCUAGAGAAGGGCUUCUCCCACAAAGUCACCAGUGGAAACUCUGGCACUGGUGGGACACAGAGAAGGAGAAAGGUCAUAGCUCAGUGGUAGAGCAUCUGCUUUGUAAACAGAAGGUCCCAGUUUCAAUCCCUGGCAUCUCCAGGUAGGACUGGGAAUGCCUCCUAUCUGAAACCCUGGAAUGUGGCUGCAGGUUAAUGUGGGGAAAUCUGAGCUAGACGGACCAAUUGUCCGACUAGAUAUGGAGCAGCUUCCUGUGUUCCUAAGGGUCACUCUCAGAAGUGGAUGCACACGUUUGUGUGGGAAGAAAUCCCAGGUCCCAAGCCAUACAGGGACUUCUCAGGUACGCUUUAGGUAGGAUAUACCCUGUAGGCAAGCAAAUUGGGGCAUCUUGAGUUUCUCAACUUGCCUUCCAGCUGGCCAAAGGGAUUGAUCACAUUUGAAGAUGCAACCUAUCAAAGUCCUAGGAAGUGCAUCUCCAAUUGUGUGGGAAUGUGAAACCUUAAAGUUGAGGGCAUUCCCUCAUAGCAAUUUGCUAGAAUUAAAGGACACUCUGUGGUUCCAUACAUAUUCUGUGACACAGAUUUAUUAUGUCUGGCACGGAGAAAAUUCUAACCGUCCAAACAAUAUAGAUUACUUAGUAAUCCAACUGUUUCCCAUAAAACAGGUGUUGCGGCAGACAGAAUAGCAAUUGGGUCCAAAGGCCGUUUCACAGACAACCUUUCCCCUCAAAAUUUGAUCUCUUGUGACACCAGAAACCAGCUUGGAUGCAGAGGAGGAAGCAUAAAUGGUGCUUGGUCUUACCUCAAAAAAUAUGGGUAAAUAAAUCAUUUACUUACUAUGCUUUUAGAGCUUAAAAUAAUCAACAGCAAUAAUGUUUAAGAAAAGCAACUUAUAUAUGUGAACAUCCUGAAGCAAAACAAAAACAAAGUCACCAAACUGACAUAUUUUAAAUUUAUGCAAAGCAUAAGUGCAAACCUGAUAAGAUUUCCCAAUAAUUUUCUCAGUAUCAAUGAGAAGUGCCAUAUGAAUUGCAGAUCUAUUGUCCAGAGAGUGCAAUGUUAAUGUAUUCAUAUACUUAAGCCAUGCCAUUCAUAUGCAAGAAAGUGUACGAAAGAGAUGUGAGUGCAAAUAUGACUUCCCUCAUUGACUCAAGGAUGGCCUUAGGACCCAGCUACAUUAGUAAAGAACCAGUGAUCUGAAUGUGCUAUAAACAUGCAACACCAGAUGGCGCCAGAGAGCAGGAAAUUUUAAAACGUGAUUUUCCAUAGAGAUUUUCCCCCUUUUGUUAAAACGAUCUAAUUUCUGACAUAUUUAUGGGGGGGGGAUUUCUGUGUUUAGAUCCACCCACAGUUUCUUGGACCAGUUACAGUGCGCCAUCUGUAACAUUUAAAAAGUAGCAACCUCCUUAGAUUGUUACAAAGAUGAACGCUAUAAUACUGACGCCACCUUAGAAAUAGGACAGGUGCAUAUAUAAUAGGAUUGAUUCCUGGGACGUGUCAUGGUCAUCAAGCUCUCUAAUAACUGUCAUAAGCAAAUUUCAAAACUAAUUUUGAAUCAGAUUUGACAUUUGACCAACAAUUCCUUGAUUGUCAGGGUCUGUUUAUUUGAAUGUGGUAGCUAAAUCCAGAGGGGAAGCUGUACUGGCCUGUUGCAACAAAAACAACUUCUGGUUAUGCAAGUAGUGGCUGGAUUCCUUGGUGGCUGGAUCUGCUGCCUCGGUAGAUCCUGCUGCCCAAAGUGUUUGCCUCACCUUGCCUCAUGGUGGGGCAGUCCUGAUUGUACUGUAAGUUGCUGAAACAACAGUGAGGUCUGUAGCACCUUGUUGUUUAGUCGUUUAGUCGUGUCUGACUCUUCGUGACCCCAUGGACCAGAGCACGCCAGGCACUCCUGUCUUCCACUGCCUCCCGCAGUUUGGUCAGACUCAUGUUUGUAGCUUCAAAGACACUAUCCAACCAUCUCGUCCUCUGUCAUCUCCUUCUCCUUGUGCCCUCCAUCUUUCCCAACAUCAGGGUCUUUUCCAGGGAGUCUUCUCUUCUCAUGAGGUGGCCAAAGUAUUGGAGCCUCAGCUUCAGGAUCUGUCCUUCCAGUGAGCACUCAGGGCUGAUUUCCUUCAGAAUGGAUAGGUUUGAUCUUCUUGCAGUCCAUGGGACUCUCAAGAGUCUCCUCCAGCACCAUAAUUCAAAAGCAUCAAUUCUUCGGCGAUCAGCCUUCUUUAUGGUCCAGCUCUCACUUCCAUACAUCACUCUUGGGAAAACCAUACCUUUUACUAUACGGACCUUUGUUGGCAAGGUGUAGCACCUUAAAGGCAAGCAAAUAUAUUACAACAUACAUUUUCAUUUACUAGAGUUUACCUCAACUCUAUGAUUCUGUGAUUCAUUGGAUAUGUCAGCUACAGCGGUCCAAAACUGAGGGCCUUUUGGCAGUUCCCUCAUGGUGAGAACAGAAGCUACAGGCAGCCAGGCAGAAGGCCUUUUCAGUAGACACACCUGCCUUGUGGAAUGCCCUCCUGACAGAUGUUGAAGAGUUAAACACAGCAACUCUCCCUUUCUUUCUUUCUCUCUCUCUCUCUCUGUUUGUAACCAUCUGAAGACAGCCCUAUUUCAGGAAGCUUUUUUAUUGUUGUUGUUGUUCAAAGCUUUGCUAACUUCAACUUCUUCAAAAACAGUUCCAAAAUGUUCAAAAUGAUACAUCCAAAUAAUUCCAUAAGACAUAUGCCUGUCCAAGACAUAGGCUCAUCUACUUAGAAAUAAAAUGACUUAUAAUCACAGCUGACAAGCAUAGUGCGCUCUCUCUCUCUCUCUCUUUUUAUUAGAUGAUGAUUUUAUUUUGACAAAGUAAGGAUCAUAAAUAAAUAAGAACAAAAAUGUGCACUCCACCACCCUUUUCAUUUUAACAGUACAAAUUCUACAAACACCUUCCAUAUUUCCAGAAAAUCAUUUCUCCUGCAUGUUCCCCAUUGGGAAGCUUUUAAUGUUUGUUGUUUUGUUUUUCCUGUAUUUUUGUUGGAAGCCACCCAGAGUGGCUGGGGCAACCCAGUCAGAUGAGCGUGUUGUUGCUGUUGUUGUUUUUGUUGUUGCUGCUGCUGCUGUUAAACAAUGUAUACCCUAGUCCACAAAAGCUUUGUCAGAAUAAAUUUGUUAGUUAUUUAGAUGCCACUGGAUUCUUUGUUAUCUUAGCAAUUUAAAGCACAAUCCUAUAUACCCCGCCCCCAUUCAGAAGUAAGCCCUGUGAGGUUCAGUGAAACUUAAUGCCCUGAUUAAGUGCAUCUUACACUUACCUAAUUGGGAGAAAGCCCAGUUGACCUCAGCAAGACUUACUUCUGUGUAGACAUGUAUGGGUUUAUAAAUGGCUCAUUGCUGAUUCAUACAUCAAAACCAGAAUGUCACACGAAAGUGACUUUUACCUGUUGCAUAUUCUUUUUGGAAUGAAGGGUGUGAUGGUUCCCUCAGGGCCUACCAUGGAGACUUCUUUACAUUAGGUGUGUCUGUCACCUCUCAGCCUACUCUGCCCAGGCUUGCUCCCUUCAAGUUUGAGGCUAUGCAUCUCCAUUCUGGAGGCAGCACCACAGUGCAGUAAUGAACUUCUCAUGUUCCUAAGAUACACCCUAGUCUCUUAAAGGGAAGAGCCAUAGCUCAGUGGCAGAGCAUCUCAUUUGUACACAGAAACUCCAGGUACAAUCCCUGGUACCUCCAGGCAGGAGUAGGAGAGACCCUCAUCUGAAACCCUGUAGGGCUGCUGUCAGUCACUGUAGAUGGCGCUGAUCAGGAUCUGAAAUCCUUAAAGAUGGCUAAGUAAGAGCUCAAAUAACAUUCAUUCUACACCUUCCUUGUUCCCUAAUGAGCCCGAAAUGACAGCCAAAAGGGUGUUGCCGGUUUUCUUAAAUAAAGGAUUUGCGUAAGCGCAAGUUCUUUGCUCACUCACAGCUCAAUAUGAGUGGAUCGUAGUCACCGAAAGUCAUUCUCCUUGAGAAAAUGAGAGUAUGAAAGCUCAGUCUGCAGUGGAUGUUUCUGAACAUACAAAUCAUCACUUGCCAUUAUAGCACUUGAGGAGGGAAGAAGCUGGCAUGGCCUCUCUUAAAGACAGCUCACCUGCCCAGCAGAUCCUAUCUUUAGGCCCUCGUAGCUCCGGCAACUCUACUUCUCUUAUUUUCUCGCUUCCACCCAACUAUAAUAAUGCUGCAAGAUUCAGAGACUGCACUCCAUACACAGGUAUAGCAGGGCAAGACACCAGCUAGUAGAAAGUGGAAUGGGUGUGGAAGCCUGCAUUCAGCAGCCCCCAAACAGAUGUGUAGGAUCAUGUGUCUUGUACUACAAGUCUGUGCAAGUGGUUCUGCGUCUGAGCAAUUUAAGGGACAUGUGCUGAGCAUUCGGUUACUCCCAGAGUUCUACAGAUUUAGGCACAUGUUGCAGUGUUUCCUCCAAAUCAACAUGGUGCCCUCCAGAUCUUAUUGGACACCAGCUCCCAGCAGCCCCAGACAACAAGGCCAGCAGGAUGGAGGCUGGAACCCGGCAACGCUGGGAGGGCACCAGGUUGACUAUCCCUGAACUAAGGAACUUUAAAGCGAGUGCCAUAUUCCAUUUGUAAUUAAAAGCACCUUCUAAAUUUCCCCUCUCUAGCUUCACUACCAGACCUCUUCCUUCUACCAUUCCUUCCUGCCACCAGUCCUUCAGAGUAGAAAAUAAUUCUACCUACUGAGUUAAGUAAUCCCCUAUAAUUCUCCUUUAGAAAUUUGUCAGAAUGCUUAAAAGAAUAUUUAGAAGGAAAGUGCAUUUUAAAAGAAGAAGCACGUUAGGCCGUUCUCCCUGCCCCCUUAUUUUUAUCUCAAGGGGGAAAUGUUGUCGCUUUUGUAGGAUUUAAAUGUAAAGUAAUCCUGUGUUAGUAACAAAGUCUCAUCAGCACUAGUUGUGGCGAUGUGACAGAUCUCAGAGAUGAAAAUUAGGACUCCCUUUCACUGGAGAAACCUAAAAUUUUACCUGCUUGUUCACUGCGGUUUAAACGUCCUAUUUACUUAAAUGUGACUGAUGCAAGACUCAUUUGUCAGUAUUGCACUAACUGUAGUUAUUCUAUGCCAGCGGGAUGCUAACUUUCUAAAUUGAUUUGACAAGGCUCUUAAGAAAAUGUAAUAGGCUCUCACACAAAUUUAAACAUCUCUAAGCAGCUCCCUAUAUCAAUAUUUAAUUAUCUGUGGUGGGUAUCCUAUACCAAUAAACCUGGAAGGGAAUAAGCCUCAUUGACUUCAAUGGGACUUGCUUCUGAAUAGAUAUGUAUAAGAUUAUGCUGUAAGUCUGCCAUCCUGCAGGUACAGAUUUGGCUGCAGAGCUUACACGCUUAAGAAGUCAGAGUGGUGUCCCAUCUGGCACCUUAGGACAUUACCAUAGCUAGUGGACCACUGUUGAGCUGAGCAUUUUGGAAGGCCCAUCCUACUAAAUGGAAGGCAUCUCUCCAUGGUUUAGAUUUAAGGCACCCAACAGCUCAUUAUUCUCCUGUUUCAGUAGCAGGGACGUGGAUGGGGACCUGGAUAAGAACUGCCUGUUGAGAUACCUGUCAGGGAACUGCCAUCAGAGCUAGAGGCGGAGGGAAGGCUCCAAAGGGAUGCAGGAGAGGGUCUCAGUAGGGAGAGAGGCAGCCCAUCUGCUGGGGAAGGAAAUCAACACCAGUGGAGAAGGGGGGCAGGUGGGGGAAUCGGGGAGGAGGCUCCAAGACUCUUCGCUGGAGACCAGCGGGGAGAGUACGGGUACUCCGCUGCCCACACCCUCUCUGCGCAGAAGACUUCCGCGCAGGGAGAGUAGGAGGAGACUUGGCGUUAAACAACUUUUAUGCUGGAAAAGGUUUAAGAAACGCCCACUGACGGAUUCUGCCAGCGACUGAGACAGUCACGAUGCUGGAGGCUGUUCAGUCAGAAAGGGUUAACCAGGUAACCUAGCCAGGAGUAGCGGCAACUUACGCACGAGCAACCCCUAAACCCAUUACAAUACCCUAUUGAGAGAGACGAAGGGCCUCCAAUUAGAACAGUGAUGGCUAACCUGUGGCCCUAGAGAUGUUGAUGGACUACAGCUCCCAUCAUCACUUACCAUUGACCAUGCUGGCUGGAGCUGAUGGGAAUUGGAGAGUAACACCUUGAGGGCCACAGGUUCUCCACCCGAUUUAGAAGGCAGUAAACCUGCUGAGAUGCAGACAGCUUAACACUGCUUAACACAACAUGGAUGCACCUACAAUGGCUUCUUAUGAGAGAAUUUUCCACGCCCUGCACCAUUCAUUCAGCAUGUAAGGUGGACUCUAAGAUACCUGUUGAUCCCAUAGAUCUCUGCUGAAUUUUGGUCACAGCCCAUGUGGUGUAGCAGGGAGAGUUAAUAAACUAGGACCUGGGAGAAGAAGAGUACAAUGCCACAUUCUUGAGGAAGCUCAAUGGAUGACUUUGUGCUAGUCAUUGUCUCUUAGCCUAACCUACCACACAGGGUUAUUGUGAGGAUAAAAUGCAUAGGGGGAAGGGGCAGAGAACCAUGUGUGCCACCCCGAGCUCUUUUGAGGAACGGUAUAAACAAGUACAAUUUUAAUGAGUGGAUAAGCCACAACAUGGAGCUCUUUUUCUCCGCCCCUUCUAUGCUACCUUGUCUAGCAUUAUUUUCAAUGACUUCCAGUCAUUGAGAACUUCUGCACAGAAUGAGCAGUUCAAGCAUACUGCUUUUCUAACUGAACAGCUGUGCUGACUAAUACUUUAAAGUCUUUUAGAAGCACACUGGAAGCCUUAGAAGAUAUCUCAAAUCCUGGAAAAGAAGAAUCAGUAAUUGACCUUUCUUAAUGUCUGCUCUGGGCCUUUGUUGGCAAGGUGAUGUCUCUGCUUUUUUUGUUGCAGCGUAGUAUUUUGUUAUUAGAGGUUUUGGAGCACUGCAUGAUUGUUGUGCUGAUGAUGCUCAGCUCUUUCCCUGAAAUACCUAAAUCAGGUGCGGCUAUGAAAGUAUCGUGCAAGACCAGUGUCUAGAUGGGUGAGGGUCAUCAGACUGAGCUCGACUCAUGAGGCUCCAGGUUGUAUACAAAGUUAGAGCUACUCAGAGUAUAAUGGGCAUGGUUAACUUCAGUCCAUUAAUUUCAGUGGGUCUUCUCUGAAUAGGACCCAGCUGAAUGCAAUCUUUUCAGCCUGAUUCUAGUCUUUUUUGAAUUCAAUAACUUGCCUUCCAGUCCCAGCUGCAUUUCUAAAUCGAAUUAACUAGAUGAAAGCCAUAAUACAGAAAAUGAUUUGGCAUAUUAUUUGACAAUCUUCUUUUGCCCUGAAAGGAUCAAAUGUCCUUACCGUGCCUUAUUAUUUGAUUUAAUGUAUUAUGCAGGUAUUCUUCAGCAACUCUAAAAUAAUAGAUGAGCCUCCCUCCUCCUGCUUUGCACCGGGCAUCUUCUACCCUGCCUUUGGCACUUUAAUCUUUUCUGCCGCCUUUUGCUCUCUCCACCCCACACUCAUUCACCAUUUAUCGUCAAUGACAUGCCAAGGAAUUAACACAAAUGCCUUGCAUAGAAAUAAAAUGAUGUGCAGUCUGUCCAUGUGUCAAAUGAAAAAGAAAGAUCCAGCUGUAGCAAAGGGAUAUACAGAAUAAACCUGAAUUGCCAGGAGGCUGCUUGGCCUAAAAAAACCCCUGUAAACCAAUAUAAGGAAGAUCAAAGAGGUGUAUGUCCAGUAAUAGAUGCCCACAGGCUCCAACUGAAUCUUUAAACUCACCACCACCACCUCAAACAGCAUUACAGCACACCUGCCAUUACCAGCGGCAAUGGGAGUCUCAUGUGUUCAUCUCAUAGUUCUUAGUAGCAUCCACUGGUGUCAUCUGCUGCAAGUAGGCUGUUCAUAUUACAAACAGCCUGUUUGUGAGGAUGUUGCAUGCCACUCUGGCAGGGAUGGGAGACCAGUUGGACCACAAGUCAGUGGUGUAGUGCGGGGGACACAGGGAUGAUUGCUCCAGGUGCAAAAUUGUUAGGGAUACAACAUCUCAGCCCCUGGUGCUACCUCAGUACAGCUGUGUGCUGGCAACCAAUGCUACGCUACUGCUACAAGUCCCAUUAGAUCCCUGACCAUUUGCCAUGCUGGCUGGGGCCAAGGAGAGUUGGAGUCCAACAACAUCUGGAUUCAUCCAUACCCAAUAGGAAGUGUGCAUAGGUUUCCCUUUCCAUGCCUGAUGUGUUCCUGUGCGUGAGCAGGAAGGAAGCGAAGGAAAGAACUUUCCAAAUCAAUCAGACUUUAUUCAGUAAAAGUCUAUAUUGACCUUGAAUGUGUAUAAUUUGUUGUUCAUUAUUGCUAGAGGCAGCCUAUAUCUCUUUUCUACAGCACAUUUGAAAACCAAUGGAACAAAUUAUUCUUUACUGCUCUUUUCACAUGGCAGAAAUUAAUUGACACAAAAAAGAAUUAAAUACAAAACCAUGUUUCCUACAAGCAUUUAACAGAUAAGCAUUCCUUCAGCAGAUGCACACACAUAACUCAUAUAUAUAUAAAAAAUUUUGCCAUAAAAUGGACUUCUAAGUGAUUAAGGGGCAACAGAGCAUGCUUAUAAAAUGUUUAAUAUAAUGUGGGAAUUCAGAGCAAAAUGUCAACAGGAUGCCAAGUGGUCCUUCCUGGAUGACUCACGGAGGGGAACAAAACAGGGUGAUGAGUAUAUACGGAAUUGUAAAAUCAAGAUAGUGAAAAAUAGCAACCCUCAGAAGGUCGUGCAGAAGGGGAUGUGGACCUCAGACUGAAAAGGUUCGCCAACCCUGUCCUAAAAGCAUCUGAUUGACCAAGGUGGGAAUAAUCCUAACCCUACUAUUUCUAUUUAUUUAUUUAUUUAUUUAUUUAUUGCCACUCAGAAUCAUUGAAUUGUAGAGUUGGAAGCGACCACAAGUUCAUCACCAUUACUUCAUUACUGCUUCAUAUCUACUUCGUUAACUCUGUCUUUAUUGUGCCACAAGGCUCUUUGUUGGUUUAGCUGCAAUGGGGCUUCCCCUCUGGAAAGGCAACACACAGGGAAUAUUUGUAAAUGGUUGAUGGCUGAGAUAUGUGCGUCUAUCGUUGGCUCAAUAUAUGUUUUUAAAAACAUAUGUUUCUGUAUUGGCGGAUGACAAAAUAGAAUAAAAUAGAAUUUAUUAUUUAUACCCCGCCCAUCUGGCUGGGUUCCCCAGUCACUCUGGGCGGCUUCCAACAAAGUAUUAAAAUACAGUAGUCUGUUAAACAUUAAAAGCUUCCUGAAAGAGGGCUGCCUUCAAAUGUCUUCUAAAAGUCUAGUAGUUGUUUUUCUCUUUGACAUCUGGACGAGGAGGAGGAGUUUGGAUUUGAUAUCCUGCUUUAUCACUACCCGAAGGAGUCUCAAAGCGGCUAACAUUCUCUUUUGCCUUCCUCCCCCACAACAAACACUAUGUGAGAUGAAUGAGGCUGAGAGACUUCAGAGAAGUGUGACUGGCCCAAGGUCACCCAGCAGCUGCAUGUGGAGGAGCGGGGAAGCGAACCCAGUUCACCAGAUUACGAGUACACCGCUCCUAACCACUACACCACACUGGUGGGAGGGUGUUCCACAGGGCAGAUGCCACUACCGAGAAGGCCCUCUGCCUGGUUCCCUGUAACUUGGCUUCUCGCAGUGAGGGAACCGCCAGAAGGCCCUCAGCGCUGGACCUCAGUGUCCAGGCAGAACGAUGGAGGUGGAGACGCUCCUUCAGGAAGACCUGUGCAAAAUAAGCCAAUUGCAGUGGAAUGGGAAAUGGUGGAUAAAAGUACAAGUGGACUAAGGUGCAGUCACAUGAUGGCACAUUCACACAUCCUUAGACCCUUUAGAUGUUGUCCUUCAACUCUCCUUUGCCAUAGCCAAUAUGGCCAACAGUCAGGGAUGAUGUUAGUUAUAGCACAAAAACAUCUGAAGGGUCAUAGAUUCUCCAUCAUUACUCCAAAGCAAUUGCUUCCAAACUAUGUGCAGGAUUCAACUAACGACUCCCAUCAACCCAAACCCUGUGCAAGGAUUUCUACUUGUGCAACAGGGGAUUUCCCCCUCUCCCCAUGAACUCCCAAAAUUUGGCUCUGGUAGGUUCAAGAGGAAUUAAAAAUUAAAACACAGAAUUGAAAAAUAAUAAUAAAAAAUAAUGUGUUGUCUGAUCCCAAUAGGCUGGUGUCUCAUGCUUGCUACCCAUUAUUCUGGAAUCAAUCUGACCCGGCUGCUUGUGGGGUUUCAAGUGUGGCUGAUGCUGCUGGGAAAAGGCAGGCUACGCGACCAUGUCCAAAUGCCUUAGAACCAUCCAACCGCAUUUAUCAGUGCGGUUCUCCCUACAGAAUCUCCUCACAGGUAAGUGCAGACAACAGGGACUCAGCUGCAAAUAAAACGUUUUAAGUGUAUUUUAAGUGCAAUAUACAAUGUGACACUAGAUGGCGAUGGUGAGCCAAGGAAAAUUCAAUGUAUUUUUUAAAACGCUUUUUUUUUAAAUAAAAGUGUUUUCAAAGUGGUUUUUAUAUGUGUCUAGAUUCCACCUAGGUGUCUGGUACCUUUCUUGAACUAUGGAAUGAACCAUAAAGUUAAAAACAGAUAUAUGAUAAUAAAAUACAUUACUGCAUUACAGGACUGCUAUAAUAUAUGUGAAAGUUCUUUCAAAACUUUACAGCACUGGAUAAAAGUUUGUUAUUAUAUCAUCACUGUGAAAGUAAACUUUGUGUCCCCUGAGAGGAAGCAUUCAGGUAAAUUUCCUUUAAAACAAGACAAUAAACAAAACCCAAUGAAAUUCUAGAGAUAAAAUCUUUAGUUUGAAACAACAGUUGAGGCACUUAGAAAUUUACUAAUGCACCAAUAAGUAUGGAAAUUGAAAAAGCAUUAAGUGGCAGCUAGUCAUUCACAUUAGCCUGUGCAGCCGGAAGAUCAGACCAUUUAUCACAAUAGUUAAAUUCAGCCCGUUGUAAAAGCUUUAUAUCCAACUCAUUCUGAAAUGUUAAAUGUGGAGAAAUAUAUGCAAAAAUAGUAUAUGUCUCUUCCCUCCACUUUUAGGAGACGGACAUAAUGAAAGAAAUUAAGGAGAACGGGCCAGUGCAAGGUAAAGAAAACAAAUGCUCUUGACUGCAAAACCAAAACCAAAUUAUUGCAUCCUGCCCACACAUAAAAGCAAGCACUGUGUAAGGUCCUUUGUGCCAACACCACACGUCACACCAAGCAUCAAACAGAUGUCUGUAUCACUGAUAGGGCUGCUUACCUCUGUUUAGAGGGAGGGCUCUGAUAACAUCCCCACCAGUACUAUAAUGGCAAUGUCUUCCCUGCACAUGUUGUCUUCCUUCCCCUGGUCCUUAGGAACAUAGGAAGGUGUCUCAGACAGUCAGGUCGUUGGUCCGUCGAACUCAUUGUCUACACUGAUUGGCAGCUGUCAACCAGGAUUUCAGAAAAGGCAUCUUUCUUGACCCUAUUUGGAGAGGCUAGGAAUGGAGAAAUGAAAGAAGCUGCAGGAAACACCAGGAAUGGGAAGGCAGAACUGCUUUGCUUCCACUUACACCAAUGUUUUACACUUACCUUAUUUGCUUAUGUUUCAUACUUCGGACGUAAGCUGGGUUCCUUGUUAGUCUAUGACCUGUCAGCGAUGAGCCAUAGGUAAAAUUGGAAGAAUAAGGAAAAUGAACAUUGACUUUGCUUGCUGGUUCCUUUUUUAAAUCCAGCUGUCAUGCACGUGUAUCGUGAUUUCUUCCUUUACAAGAGCGGGAUCUAUAAGCACAUUCGGAGGACAGGUGGGCAGCUGCAACAUGAGAAUCACAGGAGAACCCAUUCUGUCAAGAUUGUUGGGUAAGUGAUGUCUGAAAGCUGAGCAGCAUGGAUUCCUGCUGAAACUCUGCUGGAUGAGUAUCCUGCCACAUGGGACCAUGGACACUAAAUGGCAGACUUAUAGUUGAAGUCAUUUCGGCUUCUGAAACACAGGGGCGGGGAAUAUAAUAUACACACCUUGUUUUGCUUCCCCUUCCGCUUCGGAGCUAUAGUCCAUAAAGUGGACACAGUGGCUGAGCAUAGACAUAGGCUACAUCCACACCAUAUAUUGAAAGCACUUAUUUUUAAAAUAUUUUAAAAUAGUUUUUACUCUUACGCUACUUUAAUAGCUAUGAUGUUCCCCCCAAAAUCAUGGGAAUUGUAGUUUUUAAGGGUGCUAGGUAUUGUAGUUCUGUGAGGGGUUUCCUAACCACUCUCAGCAUCCUUAACAUGCGACGGUUCCUAGCAUUCUUUGGGGGAAGCCACAACUGUUAAAGUGGUAUAAGAGAGCUUUAAAUGUAUGGUGCGGUUAUGAUUCUUCAACAUCUCCUCCUUUCCAUUGUUUUGCACAACAACUUCUAUUGCCCAUGUUGAUGCUUACUCUUAGGACUUGAGAGUCUUCCAGUGAAUAAAUUAAAUGUAUAAAACUCUACUUUAAAAGUAAUUGCUUCUCGCCAUUAUUGAUAUGCGAUAGAAGUGGAGGUUUACGGAUCACUGAGUGGAUCGUUAACGCUACAAGCUUGCAAUUAAAAUACAUUUCCAGCACCUUACGUUUCUACACACUUGCACUUUAAUAAGUGAUGUUUCAUGAUCUUAUGUAUGAGUGGGUAUCAGCUUCCCAAGAAAUUGUCUUCUCUGUCUUUUUUAGCUGCCAGAAGGCCAAGAGAGGCUUUGUGCUGCUACAGCAGCUAAAACAGCAUCUUCUGUGAGGGCAAGAACUUCACAGCCAUGCCUUGCCUCCCUGGUAGUUUUUAUGAAUUCCCACAACUUUCUUGCCACUAUUUCUCUGGUGCCAACUUGUUCCAGCACUAGGGGGAGUUAUCCCAACACAUCUUGGGAUAAGAUUGUUGGAGGCCAGGCCACUCCGGUCAACCUCCAUCCCUUCUGAAGCCCAUGGUGGUUUGUGAUGGAGUUGCACAGAUGCUGCUUGGAUGUGCUGCGAGGUUGCUAGUGUUUUACAUAACUGAGCAAGCAUCUAAGUCUGGUCCUUAGUGAAACUAGAUUUUCUAAAGGGGGUUGUCACAAACUGGCUGCUAUGGACACUGUAGUCAGGAAAAUCAGGAAACUGAGCUUUGCUGAAAUUAUGGAGUCUAUUGAACUGGAACCCUUCAUGCAACCAAUUUCAAGAGGGAUUCAUCUGGUCAAUGACAGCAGAAGGUACCAAGAUACCUGCAUAGCUGGUUAUUUAAUCCUUUGUUCCCCUAACAGUCGCUCCUUUAUAGUUAGAUGCUGGUGAUAAUCCAUUCUGUAGUCUAAUCAGUAUCUGUAAAGGUCUGUAGUCCCAGUUCUGCUAAUUUUAUCCCGAGCCAAGGAAUGGGUAGCUUUGGAACUGAAAUAGACAUGCAGAGGGCAGAAACUCAGGGGAAAUGUCUUCACAUUUACUUACUCUCGUUCUGUUUAACUUUGGUUCAGUGAGCUGGCAACUUCCCCACAGAAGAAAGCCCAUUAAAGAAAAUAAGAAGCUAUUUCACUGACAAGAAGUCUAAGCUCUAACAUUGCCUGCAAUUUCCAUGUUGACGCUGAAAAUACACUUCUCAUCAGCAUAGCAAUGAGCAAUAUACUUUCAGAUUCACUCUUCUGUUAUGAUUUAUAUUGAUUGCUCACCAUUAAAAAAAAACAUAUCAGAGGGUGUAUACAGACACACACAGCAGUAAAGUGCCUUCUCUGCCUUGUGGAGACACAUUUUUUGGCCAGAGUUCACACAUUGUAGUCUUCAUAUUGUUGGCUUUGGUGUUUAUAAAGUGUCUUUUGCUAUAAUUUUGCAAUGCAUUCUGAAGUACUUGUGGAAACUGAGAGUGCCUUCUCUUGGGUUGGCAGUCUUCUGGACAACUUUUCUUUAAAAGGAGUGUCAGUGGGUGUUGAAAGGGGAGGGAGCAAAGAAACUAAUCUGUGCUAGACACACCUUCUGUGUGUACAGAUGACUGUGUUUCAACAGCUUCUCAUGCUGCCUGCAUAGUGUGCAGGUGUAGACAGUUGCAAAAUGAUGUCUGCAAAAGUGAUUUAGAAAACACCAAACUGCAGUGCUUCAAAGCUUGUAUGCAAAGGUGUACACAGUCAAAAGCUCCUCCUUUGAUUAUUUCAUCACCCCCACCCUGAUGUACGGGGGAGGUAGAGAAAAAAUAUAUAGCAUGUCUGAUGAAUGCCAUCUCUUUGGAUAGGUGGGGUGCGCUGCCAGAUGCAGAUGGACAAAAGCAGAAAUUCUGGGUAAGUGUACUUGGGCAGUAAGAUAGAGCAAAGACAGAGGAGCCCAACCAGAAAAAGUUGCUUGUGCUUAAGUCCCACUGAAAAUGAAUGGGUCAACUUGCAAAUUAACUAACCAUCCCUUUCAGUGGAACUUACUUGAGCAUGACUAUCUUUCUCUAGAUUGGGGUCAUAGCCUUCUUUGCUCAUGUAAAUUAUCUAAAUUUGUCUUUCCCUCCUCCCAUUUUACUGUUUCACAUUCAUUGGUUGCAUCAAGUCCAUGUGAUCUUCCAUGGCUACCAAAACUGCGGGCUCACAUUGUGCUUGGGUUGCCCAUAAUGCCAGUUGUUCCUAGCAAAAUGUCGUGGUUUUCCUUCUGCUUUCUCACCUUAUAUUAGUAUACCAAUGUUUGGUGGCAGAAUGAGUGAAAGUUCUGCUGACUGUUUCCAGUGACUAUCAAUGGCUGCUAGUCACAAGGCCUAAAUUCUUCCUCUACAGCUGGAGGCACAAAUGCUUCUGAAUACCAAUUGCUGUAAACCACAAGAAGGGAGAGAAUUCUUGUGCUCUAAUCUCACAGGCAUCUGGUGGACCACUGUGAGAACAGGAUGCUGGACUAGAUGGGCCACUGGCCUGAUUCCGGUUUGAGAUAUGGCAAACUAAGAGAUCAGCUGCUUUAACCUUCUCAUACCACAAAUAUGCAUGCCAACCAUACCUAUUGUCAUGACCUUCAAGGUCUAAAACAUCAGUGUUUUUUAAUAAUAUCAAUUCCCUUAGCUAGCAUAAACAGGAUGCCUCAUAAUACCUUUCUCAAAAAGCAACAGGAUAGAUAUGGAUAACAUUGUAAGUGAACUGCUUCCCAAACCAGCUGUGGGAGUGCACUGGAUACAGUGUGUACACAGCCUUAGACUACCACAUGUCAAAGAGAGUUCAGGGUGUGUGUGUGUGUGUGUGUGUGUGUGUUGGAGGUUAGCCAGGAAAGACUGCAAGUUGGAUUGGAUAGAGAGAAGCUGCUUAAGCCCUCCCUCCAGCCAUUCCCCAGCUCAAAAUAACCAUUGACAGCCCCAUUGGACAGUGGACAAGAAACCACCCAGAGCAGGGAGUAUUAGGUUACAAGAAUGAGACACAGAACAACUUCAGCUCAUGACUUUUAUAGCAUUUAGUCUACUCUUGUAAUGUCUGGGUGCUGUCAGUGUAUGCUAAUGGGCUAGAUAUACUACAAGUUUCACUCCAUAUAAAGUAGUUCUUUAUAAGAUAUGGGGGCAAGUGGCAGACCUUUUGGAAGAGGACAGUACUAUUAUUGCCACUGGCGAUAUGACUCCUUUUCUCCUUUCACUACAUCCCUGCUUCACUACAAUCUGGCCAUUCACAGUAAUAAAAAGUUAUUUCUUUCCCCUCCUGUAGAUUGCUGCAAAUUCCUGGGGGAGCUCCUGGGGAGAAAAUGGCUAUUUCAGGAUUUUACGUGGAGAAAACGAAUGUGAUAUUGAAAAGCUGAUUAUAGCUACUAAGUGUCACCUUUAG